AUGCCACCCUUCGACCUCCCCAUCCUCUCCUUCCCAUCCGCCGAAGCCCUCGAAGCCUAUCUUGACCGCGAGCACACUACAGCCCCCGGUUUCCAUCUGCAACUCGCCAAAAAGGGCUCUCCCACCCCCUCCGUGUCUGCCGCCGACGCAGUUGAGGUAGCUCUGUGCUUUGGCUGGAUCGACGGCCGCGCAAACGCCCUUGACGAGCACUCGUGGCUAGUCCGCUACACUCCUCGCCGCGCCAAGAGCAUCUGGUCCCUGAAAAACGUUGGCACGGUGGAACGGCUGUUGCGUGAAGGGCGAAUGCGUCCUGCGGGCAUUGCUGCUGUUGAGGCAGCCAAGGCAGAUGGGAGGUGGGAGCGGGCGUACGCAGGCCCGGCGACGAUGACCGUGCCAGAUGAUUUUGCCGCGGCGCUGGCGGCGGCAGAGGAGACGGGUGCGGCACAGUUUUGGGAGGGGUUAAGUAGGUCGAGGAGGUAUGCAGUGUUGAUGAAGCUGCACACAGGCUCAGUGCAGACAAGACCCAAAAGGAUCGAGGAGUUUGUGAGGGUGUUGGGUGAGGGGAGAGUGCCGGGGGAGAGACUAGUGAAGACGAGUAUGAUCGUGAAGAAGGUCGAGAGGAGGAAGAAUGUGGGAAAGAAGGAUUCAAAUGCAGAGAAAGAGGCGAGACCGUCUCGGCGUGCUGGGCUACGUCAGCGGAAGUAG